UAAGACCUGUUGGAAAAUGGUAAUGUAUUUUACAUUUUUGCAUUGACAACUAAUGUUGGCAUAUUUAAAUGUAAACUGUAAGAGACGGCGAUCACUUUACAAUGUUGAAUCCAUGUCAUGGAUCAAUUACACCCAACAUACAUAGCAUUAGAUUUACAUUAUUUCUGCUAUAUUGUGCUACUAGUUAGAUGACACGUUACGCUUACACGUCUACCAGAUACUUAAUAGAUUUUGCUCGGUUUUCUUACAUGAAUGUGGUAUCAAAUUACUUCCCUCAGAUUUUGGUGUCAAAAUUGCUGGUGCAUUAUAUAUAAUAUUUAAUGCCAACUUGGCGACAAAGUGCUGGCUAAUUCUUUAUCGAGAUUAUAUUUCAUUUUUCUCAGAAAAUACGAUGUCCCAUUACUACGUAUACGUCCCAUCAAAUUCGAAGAAUAGUAUAGAUAUCAAAAGGGUAAAUGUAGAAGAGGAUCAUGUUGACUUUAUCCAUCAAUCACAUAUACGCAAAAGGCAAGGCAAAAGAGGAUUUCAAGUUGAACAGCUUCAACUUCUAGAGUAUCCGAAAAUAUAUUCCAAUACACUGAGAAUCGAAAAACAGUAAUAGUCCCUGAAUUUUUGCUCAUUCUCAACUUUUAAUCUUAAUACGCAAAUGAGUGAUGUGCAAUUCCGUAACCAUUACUGUUGACCACCAGCAUUAAAAUAAUAUGUAAAUAAUAUGUAGCUUAACAGUAGGGUAAAAAAACAUAUAUAAAUAGUUAGCUCAGUGUUAGCGUACUAGGCUAGGGAUCCGAAAUCUUAGGUUCGAAUCUCAUAUAUAAAAAAAUUAGAAAAAAGAACUAGUGGAAAAGUUUUUUAUUUUCAAUAAAAUCUUGUACCAAAACCAUUACUGGUUUUUAUCGUAAUGAUUGUGGAAAUACAGUACUGAUUCAAUACUGGAUUAGUAAGUAACGGUCAAUCAGUUGAUCUACAAUAUUCAUUACUGUAGAAUCCGUAAUAGUUAUUGUAAAAUCCGUACUGAUUACUGGGAGAAUGCUUACUGUAGUGGUACGUAAUGGUACGUAAUGGUUACUGUAAGAAAGACUAAAAGUUAAAAACGAGGAAAAAUGUUAUAACCAUCACUGUUUUUCAGCUCUCAGUGUAGGUAUAUUGGAAGACGAGAAAUUAAUUAUAAUAUAAAUGGAUUGCCUACUAUAUUUAUAGACUUCAAGAGAUCUCGAGGAAGACGUGUAUGUGUUAUUUCCAAAUAUUACCUGCUAAUGUUUUGUAAAAAAUACUCGUAAUUUCACUUUAUGCUGCAAGAUUCUGUAAUAUUUGACAUUUUUUCUUAAUACAGGUACUUGUCAAAGACAGUUUCAGUAUUUCAAAAUCUUCAUACCUGCAAGAAGCAGAUUAUUCAGAUUGCACUCUCUUUGAGAACAUGCGUCAUAAUUAUGUUGGUAUGUAAUAUUUGAAUUUACAAAUAAGGUAUUAUUAAAGAAAAUAUGCUUGUGUUCAGAAAUAAUUGCAGUUCUAUUAUUUACUUUGUAGAUUUCGAGUUUCAAGAAGCUGUAUAUCCAAUUAGGGUUUCUAUACAGCAAGGACUGAAUCCUGGUAUAAUGGAAAUUUGGGCGCGAGAUUCUGAUCGGUGGUUUUUAUUAUGGACUGGAGGAAAACAGGCUGUUCGAUAUACAAGAAGACGACUGUUGUCCCCGGCUUUACGGGCCUGUGACUUUAAAACUAAAAUGCUCAGAUUAAUAUUGCCGUUUAACGCUGAGAGAAUACAGAUAGAUGCUGUAGAGCUCAUCGGAACAUCAGAAUUGAUUCAACCUAAAGAUCCUAAACAGAGUUUGACCGAUCUAUUAAAAGAUAUUAAUUGCAGCUAUCCUGACCGUAAGGAUAUGCACAAUUUAACACCAGAUUACAAAAAUGCGGAUCUGGAUCAACUUAUGGAAAAAUUUUCCGACUAUUGUAUUAUUCGUAAAAGCAAUUUACAUUUAAAUAAUGGAAAAUUGAAAGGCAUCACACCCUCUCCAAGUGAAUUCAAGGAGCAACCACGUUGUGAUUUUUCUAUGCUUCCUGUAAAAUAUUCAACACAUAUUUAAAGAAGUUUCUUUCUUAUAACAAUAUUUGUUAUAAUAUCGUGAAUUAAAAUUUUAUAUUUUAUCCUUGCAGGAUGAGAUGAUACUAAAAAUACUGGAAUACUUAGAUUUAAGGUCAUUGUGCCUUAUGAGUCAAACGAAUAAAUGCUUCAAUCGAUUAACACGAGAUCCUUCGCUUUUUAAAUAUUUAAAUAUACAAGAUUUGCGCAUGUAUGAGACGUCUACCGAUGAUACUAUUGGUGAUUGGCAGUGUAAAAUUCUAUCUAGCUUGGAAUCCAGAUGUGAGCACUUACGACAGUUGAAUCUUGUAUCAUGCGACAUUUCUAGUCCACGUUUCGUAACGUUUCUUAGAACUUGUGGCUCGAAGUUAACGUCCUUGCAAUUAACUUCUUGCAAGUUUGACAACGAUAUCCUCUGUGAUAUUGGAAAAACAUGCAAAGAUUUGACAGGUACGAUUAUGAUUUUAAAAAAUAAAGUUAAAUUAUGUCUGACUAAUCAUAUACAUUUUUAGUGUUAAAUUUGAGAUGUAAUAUUGAUGCAUUUGAUAAGGGCUACAAUCUGGACGAAGGAUUGUUGUAUCUCCAACAUCUAAAAUUUUUAGAAGAAUUAACCCUUAUACAUAUACCUAUAGAAGACGAAGAAACCCUUUGUACAGUACUGCAUGGAAAGCACCGAUUGCGUUAUUUAAAUUUGACAUUUCCUCAUCUAUAUAUAAAUAAAGUUUUAAUAAACUUACGAGA